UCUUUCUAUUUGCUUAUCCAAACAAGUUGCCUAGCAUAAAAAUGCGUGCUUUAGCAAAGCCGUUAACUCUGAAGAACCAAACUUGGUUAUCAUCCAUGUCCAUAUUUGUUAAGACCAGUUACUGUCAGCAGGUUUCUUCAACCGCAAUGGCAGCAAUGUGCUCAAGCUUCUGCCCUCGGCUUCCUAUCCGCUUUAGCGGGAGACCCAUUUACUCUUUUCCUGCAAAACCUCAUUUUUAUGUUUCUUUGAAGGCUUUCUCUUCACAAGCUUCUGAUGCUUCAUCUCUAGAUAAAUUGCCAGCAAACGUGGGUUUUCUUGGUAUUGGAAUAAUGGGUUCUCCAAUGGCACAGAAUCUUAUAAAAUCUGGGUGUGAUGUGACUGUUUGGAACAGGACCAAGAGCAAAUGCGAUCCUCUCAUCAGCUUAGGUGCAAAAUAUAAAUCAACUCCUGAGGAAGUAGCUGCAUCCUGUGAUGUCACAUUUGCCAUGCUUUCUGAUCCUGAAAGUGCAGUCGAUGUUGCUUGUGGGAAACAUGGUGCUGUUAGCGGCAUGAGUUCAGGAAAAGGGUAUGUGGAUGUUUCAACUGUUGAUGGUGAAACUUCAAAAUUGAUUGGUCAACAGAUUAAAGCUACAGGCGCCUUGUUUCUGGAGGCCCCAGUUUCUGGUUCAAAGAAGCCAGCAGAAGAUGGUCAGCUGAUAUUUCUUACUGCAGGGGAUGAAUCUCUUUAUGAAACAGUUGCUCCAUUCUUAGACAUCAUGGGGAAGUCAAGAUUCUACCUUGGGGAUAUCGGAAAUGGGGCAGCUAUGAAACUUGUGGUCAAUAUGAUCAUGGGAAGUAUGAUGGCAUCAUUUUCUGAAGGAUUGCUUCUCAGUGAGAAAGUCGGACUAGACCCAAGUGUACUAGUUGAGGUGAUCUCGCAGGGUGCCAUUAGUGCACCGAUGUACUCCAUGAAAGGCCCAUCAAUGAUCCAAUCUCUUUAUCCUACUGCAUUUCCCUUGAAGCACCAACAGAAGGACAUGAGGCUUGCUCUAGGAUUAGCAGAGUCUGUUUCCCAAUCCACUCCGAUUGCAGCGGCUGCAAAUGAAAUGUACAAAGUAGCAAAAUCUCAUGGCCUCAGUGACCAAGAUUUUUCAGCAGUCAUUGAAGCCUUGAAAGGAAAGUUGCAGCAAUGAACAAAGAAGCCGAGUUUCUCAUCAAUCGGAUGAUGAUCUGCAAUCCAGAGCAAGUGACACGAGAAGUAAUUCACUCUAUGGAGAAUUGAAACUCAGCCUCAAAGAUUCUAUUUUUCUGUCCCUGCCCCACUGGGUGAUUCUGCCUCAGAGAAGUUGAAGAAAAUGAUGUGGUUUAGUGUAAUAGCCCUGUAUGUUUGGUGGGAAAAUCUACAUCAAUAUUACCUUUGAAAAUAUUUGUUUCUUUUAUUUUCCUAUUUCCCAUUCAAAAAUAAUACUUUUCUGUUUCUAAUUAAUGUAUCAAGUCACAAUAAUGAAUUAAGCCAUGUUAAUUUGUCCAAUGAGAAUAAUUGGAUGAAUAUUAGAGGUAAUCAUUAGAACUGUUAUUCUCUUCGAA